GCGGCGGCGGCUUAAUGGCCAGAAUAAACAAUCACGACCGUUCAUCAGAUUCCUCCACCGGAGAUCUCCACUCGGUUUCCGAUCCAACGGCUGAUAUUAACGGUACUAACCCUAGUAGCAAUAACAAUAAUAUUUCAGCGGCGGUUCGUACUCAUCAAGAAGAUUCAAGAACUAAGAAAGAAGAUGGCGGAGUUGCUGUCUGUAAUAACACGAAAACGCUAGCCACUGAUCAUGAGAAAGAAGAUCAGAAAGAUUGGCUCCGGUUAGGUAUUGGUUCGGACACAGCGAAGCUCCGAGGUUGUACUGGUAAUAAUAAUAAUAACGGCCGUGAUCCGGCGGCGGAGGAAGUGCGAUCAGAUCAAGGGUUGUUAGGGCUUAGUUUGUUCUCCUCAUCUGCGACGGCGGCGGAGGCGGCAGAUGUGGGUACGAGUCGUGUAUUCCACGCGCCACCUCCUCACCCGAACCAUCGAUCGAUGGUGACACGUGGUGAAUCGUUUUAUUACCACCAGCGAAUGUUUCGGCCUCCGCCAUUAACGUUGCAUCACUACCCUUCAUUUCUUUCUUCGCCGGGGAUGCCGAUGACGGGGCGGAAUAAUUUUGGACCGUCGUUAGGGGUUAAUACUAUCAUUAAUAGAGCAAGUUCGGAUCUUAGGGUUGGGUGUCCACCGCGGAGACCAUGUUCUGGUAUUUGGUUUGUUCUUCGAGCUUCACAGAUUCAGGCGAAAGAACCGUUCUUGCCCCAAGUAAACAAAAGCUACUUGAGAAUCAAGGAUGGGAGUGUCACAGUUAGGUUGCUAAUCAAGUAUCUAAUGAACAAGCUGCAGCUUGAUAGUGAAUCAGAGAUAGAGAUAAGAUGCAGAGGGCAACGAUUAUUGCCGAUCUUGACUAUUCAACAUGUAAGAGAUACAAUAUGGAGACCAUCAUCAUCAUCACCAUCAUCAUCAUCAUCAUCAUCACCCUCCUCUUUCACUUUGCUUCCCGAAUCAACUACUGAUCACGUCAUGAUCUUGCAUUAUGGCAGGAGUCCUUGAUUAUUCACACUUUUUGAUCCACCAUGGAGAUUCAGAAUAUAUACCCUCAAGAGAAAAAAA